AUGAGGCAGCGCUGGCGGCGGGAGAGGAGGCGGAAGAGGCCGCCUUCGGUGGAGGAGGAGGAGCCGCCGGCCGACUUCAUUUGCCCGAUCACAACCGAGGUGAUGGUCGACCCGGUGAUGGCGGCGGACGGGCAUGCUUACGAGCGGACGGCGAUCGAGCGCUGGCUCGCGACCAAGUCGACGAGCCCGCUGACGGGCGAGGCGCUCGAGUUCACUCGGCUGUUCCCAAGCCACAUCCUACGCCGGCAGAUACGAGAGUGGCGAGGACGGUAG